CGGAAAGCCGUAAAACAGCGAACCUGGUGUGCUCCGACGCGCGCGCGCGCGCUUGUGCGUCGAGUUCGGUCUCCGUUUUUGUUUUUUUCCACAGCUCCCUCUCCCGUCCGCACCCCUCCCUAACCCGUCGUCGACGCGUUGUUCUUCGCCGCGUGCCCGCGUUACGCACACGCACACAACACACGCGAGCGCGUAUUUCCAUCGUACGGGUUCCGAAUCGGUUUUAAGGUGUGCGUGUGCGUGUGCCUCUGCGAGUGCGCGCGCGUGUGUGUGUGUGUGCGUGUGCUGUCCGUGCGAGAGUGGAUUCGCGUGCGUGCGCGUGUGUACGUGUUGUGUUGCCCAAACGGACGAAAAUAAUAAUAUCGUCGGCCGUCGUGUAGAUCUGCCGCUGUGGUGGUGUCGUAGUAGUCGAAAAAGAAACGCGUCCGUCUCGCCGUCCGCGUACCACACCGGGCGUUUUCGAAAAACGGGUCCGGGCAACAACGGCGACGAUAACAACACGACCGACGUUUAAUAUCUGAACAUUGUUAUUAUUAUCAUUAUUACAAUUAAAUAUAACAAUACAUAUAUAUAUAUAUAUAUAUAUUUAAUAUUUAUAUCAGCAUUUUAAUCGAGCCGACCAGCAGCAGCGCAGCGUACACACACGUCGCGUGUGAUAAUAACCAAUAUCAUUGUGUGUGUGUGUGUGUGUGUAUAUAGUAUAUAUAUAAUAAUAUUAUACACGGUAGGAUAAUAAUAAUAAUAAUAGUAACGAUCACAAUAAUAAUAUAAAUAAUAUCAACUCGUUUGUACAUGCCGCCGCUGUACGCGCAAUAAAAAAUAGCCGACUUCAUAAAAUAUUUUGUCAUUGUGAUAUUAGAUAUUUUUUAUUCUUUCCUGCACCGAGAACGACGACCGCGACCGACCGACCGACCGACCGACCGACCGAGAACCGUUGUGUGUGGUGUGCAUAUCGCUAUCGGCGCCGCCGUCGAAUUUUUCCACUCGUCGCGAUGCCGCGGAUCCAGUAGAACGGCGCAUCGGACGCGUAGAUCCAACGCCAGUACAACAGUAUCCGGCGUACCGAGUUUCGCGUAGCGGACCGAUCGUCGUCGUAGUCACUCCCCGGCGCGGUGCACCCGUACCCAUAUCAUUAUCAGUAUCACCGCCGUCAUCGUCGUCAUCAUCAUCAUCACCGCCGCCGACGUCCGAUCCCGGCGCCCCGCCGCCCGUCCGUGAAAACGUGUGAAAGACCAAAGGCCGCGGCGCGCACAAACCACCGCCACUACACGUCGUCAUGUCCGUCAGCCAACAGUUUUGCCUGCGAUGGAACAACCACCAGAGGACACUGAUUUCGGUGUUCGACAGUCUCCUGGAAAGCGGCACGCUUGUGGAUUGCACGCUGGCCGCCGAGGGACGAUACCUGAAAGCUCACAAAGUCGUGUUGUCCGCCUGCAGUCCGUACUUGGGGGUUUUAUUAAGUCAACAUCAAGAAAAGCAUCCAAUCUUAAUUUUGAAAGAUAUCAAAUUUCAAGAAUUAAAGUCAAUGUUAGAUUAUAUGUAUCGAGGUGAAGUCAAUAUUUCUCAAGAAGAACUCGGUACAUUUUUGAAAGCUGCUGAAUCUCUUCAAAUCAAAGGUUUGACAGAAAGUGCUGGUAUCGGGGUUCGUGAUAAUUCAGAUUUUGAAGACCCAGUAUCUAAACGUUUUGACCAUAGAAAACAACCACCUUCUUUAUCAUCAGUUAGUUCUAACUCGCCCACUAUUUGGAGCCAAAAUGAAACUGUACGUACAUAUUCAAGACCAAGAGAGGGUAGUUUAUCUCCAACCAGCAAGAAACGGAAAUUACAACGAACAAAUGGAUCAGAUGAUCAUCAUCCGGAUAAUGGUGAUGAUAGUAUGACUGAAUCUGAACCACAGGGAGUAGAAAAAUCGCCAACUAAUAAUAAUAACAUCCCUUCUUCAGUGAGUAAGGUAAUUAAAGCAGAACCUUACCGUAAAUCGUGUUCACCUGACAAAGAAGUGCUUAAGACAACUGAAAAUCAGACAAUUAAACCAAAAGUAGAAUCAAUUUCUGGUGACCGACAAGAGUGUUUGACAGAAAUGUCAUAUGACGAUAGUGUUGAAGAUAUGGCUUUAGAAGAGGAGGAAGAAGAAUUUGAUGAAAAUGAAUUAUCACAGCCUGGAACUUCACAAGGGGACACCAAUCACACCGUGCCUCAAACAAAUUCGUGGCAAUUAGACACAACAAAUCAAGAUAGCACCAGUACUGUUAAUACACCAAUGGAUUGUAAAGAUUCAGACCUGCUGGCCGAGAAGUUCGAGUGUAAGCUCUGCGGCAAGGUGUACCAGUGGAAGCAGAGCUUGAAGAGACACAUCCGGGAGGACCGCUGCGACAAGGGUCCGCAGCACGCGUGUCCUCGCUGCGGCAUGAGCUUCAAGCACACCAGCCGCCUGAACAAGCACGUCAUCCUGUGUCCGCACAUCCUGUUCGACGACAGCCCUUCGUCCUCGGCGUCCACGUCGUCCACGUCCAACGUGCAGCGCAUACUCAAACUGCCGCCGCCGUGUCCGGACGCGUUGCCCAUCACCGCCGUGUCCACGUCCACCACCUCGACGUCGUCGCCCUCUCAGACGAUACUGGUGUUGCACCUGAAAAACCAGAGUUUGGCCCAAAACUGGAAUUCUAAAAUCCAGAAACUGGGAAACUAGAACAAAAACGUAUUUCGUAUUCAAAUAUUCAUUCAUGUGUGCUCGCGCGUGUAUUUGUCUGUGUGGCCCAUCAAAUUUGUGUAUAUUUUAUUCAAAAAGUUUUUUUUUUAAUUUUUUGAUCUUCCACGUAUAUCAUCAUAAUUUUUAUAUUAUUGACCACACUGAUUAUAAUAAUAUCGCUGGUCUUACCUUCAUCUAAAGGCGCAGAUUAUUAUUAUUUAUUAUUAUAAUAUAACAGAGUAUAUUAUUAUAUAAUACCUAUGUGCGUGGGCGAACUCGCUUAGGGAUAUAAAACAACAACAAAAAACUAUUUAUAUCGUACACAACAUAAUUUUAUUACAUAAUACAAUUAUUUUGCUAUACGAUUAUAUGUAUUAUUUUUGCUAGUCAAAUAUGGAACAACGCAAUCUAGUCAUUUUUUUUUUCGUUUUUCGUGCAAUUCAUUCGUGCAAAGAAAAUCAUAUGUUUUAUUUUUAUUAUUCGUAGUGUGUGUGUUUAAUGAAUACUGAUUUUUUUUUUUAAUUUUACUUAGUUUUAUUGUAUAGGUACUCGGGUUAUUGUACCUCAGAAUGUUUGUAGACAUCGAAUACAUUAUAUAGUCAUUAGAUAGUAAGAUUGAAUGUAAGACUAAAGUUCUCUCCUAUCAACAAAAUAAUAUACGGUGAAGAGAUAUCUUUCUAUUUAUAUCAAUAUUUUUAUUUAUACGUUCGUCUGAUUUGAAAUGUAUCUAGUCAAAAAUAAUUAUUUACUUUAAUUUAAUUUUACAUUAAUUAUAUUCGUGUACAUAAUAUUAUAUUAUAUCAUUCAUUUUUAUUCUCAAAAAAAUACAACAAAACAUUUGCCAAACGUAUAAACCUAUUUUAUUGAUAGUUGAAACUUGAAACCGCAUAACAAUAGGUGUAGUCAACAAUUGAACAAUAUUGUAUUAUAGACAUAGUAUUAUAAAGUGACGUAAGAGAGCACUUUAUCAUUAUAAUAUUGUUGAUGGGUUCGUACAGCACAAUAUUAAACUUAGAUGGUUCGAUUUAAUACGUUCCAUUUGCAUUCUAUGUUACCAAACAUGCCGAGUGAAUUUGUAUCAUAAUAUUGUCACUGGAUCUUAUAGGUAUAUAUAUUAUACCAAAGGCAGACACGAAUUUACUUUUUAAGAUAAUUGUCACAUAAAUGUAAAUUGUAUUUUGAUUUUUGUUUUUCUAUUCUAAUUUCAAAAAACGCACAAAACACAAACACAAAUAUUACAUACUGUGGAAUAUUAUGAUUAUUUUAGGGUUAAUGAUUUUAAGUUUAAUCAACAAUAUUUUGUGUGCCGUGUGUGAAUACGAUCAUAGGUAUAUGUUAUUUAACAACUAUUCUUUCAAGUUUUUUUUUAAUAUGAUAAUUUUUUAACGAUUAAACAAUUAUAGGUAAUUGGGUAGUGCAAAUAAAAUUGUUCGUGUAUCAUAUGCAGUUAUACCUGUAACCCUGUUCAUAAAUUGGUAUGGUAUAUGUGUGCGUAUCGGAAGGAGGAGUGGGUAACUAUUUAUAGGCCAGCAGUAACGUUAAAUUUCCAACAAACCCCGAGAAGAUUGCCCUGUGCGUCGUCCAUAAUAUUCAUAAUAAUAAUAAUUAUAUACUCAAUAUUUAUGAGAUUACUGUUUGUGAAUUCAAAAAUCAAAAUUCCGUGACAAAUGUGUAGAUGACGUUAGGUAUACCGCAAUUACUUUCUGUAGUGGUUUUCGGGUCGAUCGUCCGAAGUGGGUGGCCCACUUGUAUCGGGGCCGAACACUUUCGGCGGUGGUGCAAAAUAAAACUAGACGUUUACGUUUGCGCCACCUAAUAGACAUAUUUAUGGUAUACGCCGCCGGGUGGGUUUCCUGACGAGUCUCGAAAACGCGGUGACGCGAUCGAACGCCUUUCCAAACUCAAUACUACACCUUGUUGAGACUAUUCGUCGUCGUUUUCUGAUGGACAAAUAAUAGCACCAUCUCCCCUUGGAUACUUCUAUAACAUUUUCAUUUUUGUUUUUACUCUAUUGAAAACUACUACUGUUGUAGUUUUAAUAUUAUAACAAAAUUCACACUCAAUAAUUUGUAUGCGACAUGAUGCGUAUAUGUGACACUGACACACGACUGUUGUAAUAUGAUAAUUUUUUAUGUGAAGGAUUUCUUUUGUUUUUAUAACUAACUCAUGUUGUGGAUAAAGCAUAGUCAUUUAUUUGUAUUUGUAUUUUUUUUUUGUUUUUAUUUUUAAUUAUUAUUUAGUGCAAUGAAAUUGAGUUCCUUGAUUAGUCAUGACCUUUAUAUAGCAAUUACAAAAAUAAAACUACUUAUAUAAUUAUGUAAGUGUAAUACCUCUACUUAACGUGGCGGUCUAUGAAUCUAGUCAGGUACGAGCACAAAAUUAAUAUUAUUAAAAUGUAUAUGAUGUGUAUUUAUAAAAAUUAUAUAUGAAUGAUUAACAAG